AUGGACGAUGAUGACGACAUAAUAGUGAUAGAUGAGAGCAUAUGUUCACCUCCGUCACCCAUGCGAAGAAGCGCGCCACUCAGGGAAAUCGAAAUUUUAGAUGAACCGGGACCGAGUACUUCAGGUGGUAUACCGGACAAGAACAUCAGACUUCCAUCCAGUGAGUAUUCUAAUUUCAACAAACUCUUGGAGUUAGAGCAGCUGAUUGCUAGAGCCAAAGCAAACUCAAUAAGCCGAUCACCUAAAGUAAGCUUGACUGAAAAUGACAAUGAUGAUAUCGCUGUCAUGCUGCAGGAGAAUAUUCCUGUCGAUGAUGUGUUAGCCUUGCAAGAGGAAGCUGUUCCCCUAGCGGAAGAACCUGAGGUCCCAGUAAAGAAGAAGAGGAGGAAGGAGCCAUCUGAGGCCAAGUUGCAAAAGGAGGUUAGGGGGAAUGACAUUAACCAUGCUCGACUAUGUAUUAAUCUUGACGCAGUCGUUAUAUUUCACUACUUUUCUUUUUUCAGCUGUUAAUC